UUCUACUACCGCUGGUCUGACGCUGCUGUCAGAGUACCAUUAAGCUCGAUCUCCAUCGUUUAAUUUAGUACGUACUGCAGUGGGGACACCCAAAGCAGUGGACUUCAAAAUGAUUAAUGCUAUAUUAAUAUUUAAUAACCACGGGAAGCCUCGGCUGAUCCGCUUCUAUCAGUACUUUGCGGAGGAACUGCAGCAGCAGAUCAUCAGAGAAACCUUCCAUCUGGUGUCCAAACGGGACGACAACGUCUGCAACUUCCUAGAGGGCGGCAGUCUGAUUGGUGGCUCUGACUACAAGUUGAUCUACCGUCAUUAUGCUACGCUGUACUUUGUCUUCUGCGUGGACUCAUCAGAGAGUGAGCUUGGGAUCCUGGACUUGAUCCAGGUGUUUGUGGAGACCCUGGACAAAUGCUUUGAGAAUGUCUGUGAGUUGGAUCUGAUCUUCCACAUGGAUAAGGUGCACUACAUCCUGCAGGAGGUGGUGAUGGGGGGCAUGGUCCUGGAGACCAACAUGAACGAAAUCGUGGCCCAGGUGGAGCUUCAGAACCGCAUGGAGAAGUCAGAGGGCGGUCUGUCAGCGGCCCCUGCGCGGGCCGUCUCCGCGGUGAAGAACAUGAACCUGCCGGAGAUGCCGCGCAACAUCAACAUCGGCGACCUCAACAUCAAGGUCCCCAGCCUCUCGCCCUUUUGAGCCGGCCGGGGGAUGGGGGGGGGGGGGGGGGGUGGUCUGUGUUCGUCCUGACGUACGACCAACUGUUACAUAGAUUUUAUUCUGUUCAAUGUAUACAAAUAGAUAAUUUGUUUUCAUUUUUUUAUAAUUAUUUUGAGCGGAUUUGUUGUCCGCCGGUCUUGUCAAUGUGUCGUUCUUGUGGACUUCUGCUCUCCGCUUCGCUAACGAAAGCUACUGCGAGCUCUCUCGCGUUUCUGUUUUCCCAGCGGGUGGGCGUUCCUUCCUGAGGUUUUCCCAGCAUCCACUGGCAGCUCCUUGUGUUGUGCUUGUAGUUACUGUUGUGAAUCUCAGGGUGUGAUCUGCAGGUCGCACUUUGUUCCAAGACAUCUGGUUCUCUGCAGGCCCUCUGCAACCCCCCGUUUGCUCCUUGUGUCAGCUCUCCCUUUUGGUUCUAAUUGAUGUGCCGGUGGAUGUGGAGUGUAACGGAGGGGCGUAAGAGAAUUCUCUGCGAGUUUGGAGACGUGUGGACGAGGCUGAGUUCACUCGCAUCUCUGCUCUUAAGUGAGCGCAGAGACGAAGCUGAGAUCGCUCACGUCUCUACUCUUCAGUGAGCGCAGAGAUCACUCUCGUCUCUGCUCUUUAGUGAGCGCAGAGAUCACUAACGUCUCUGCUCUUUAGUGAGCGCAGAGACGAGCAGAGAUCACUCAUGUCUCUGCUCUUUAGUGAGCGCAGAGACGAAGCAGAGAUCACUGACGUCUUUUCUCUUUAGUGAGCGCGGAGCUUCCUGCUGUUCACCACAUUCUUGGGCUGUGUAAAUAAAAGGUACAGGUGACAUUGAACUGCAGUGAAGCCGUCUUCUUUCUCAGUUUAAUUUAUAUGUUAUGCAACGCUUAUAUGGUUCUUUAUUAAUCCCUGACAGGAAAUCCAGCUGUCAUAGCAGAGAGUACAAGACAGUAGAAAUUGAAAGAGAAACGUGUGCUAAAAAGAAACAACCAAAAACAUAACUGCAUAAAAUAUAUUUACAUUCAGGGCAUUUAGCAAACCCUUUUAUCCAAAGCGACUUAUACGUACAUUUGUCAGAAGAAAGAGAUAUAACAUUAUAUCCCUGUCGGUACAGAAAGGAUGUUCAUAGAACCAGGUGCCAAGCACUAACAAUUGUUAGGCUCAUCCCUUUCCCGUAUAUCAGAGAUGGGGGGACUCGAGUCAAAGACUUGACUCGAGUCCGACUCGAGUCGCCAGUUUUGCGACUUGUGACUUGCUUGAACCAACACUAACGAAAGACUUGACUUGACUUUGACUUGCCCCUUCCUGACUUGUGACUUGACUUGACUUGAGUCAUGUGACUUGCCAAGUCAUUGCAGGCUUGUUAAAUAUUUUAAAUAAUAAUAAUAAAAAAAAUAUUAGAUGAACAUUGUUUUUAUUGUGCGCGAGUGCUCCUGACCUGCAACCUGGCAACCCGCCCUCUUCCACGCAACGUGACAUUCCUGCAUGAGUCUAGUGAGUGAUCAUCAGCAGAGAUUGAAGGCGCUCCGACCAACAUCCCGAAAAUAAUCAAUUUUGGCUAUAAAGAUUACACAACAACACAAAAUAAAAGAGGAGCGACAUGCAAAAUCUAAAUUACG